AUGCAUUAUGUGACAGCUGAUGAAGUACCAAUGAAUAUGCCACCAAUUUUAGUACCAAAUGGUUCAAGUACACUUAAACCAGCUUAUAAGCAUUUAGUAGAUUUUCAUCCACCAGGCGUUCUUUCCGAUCCUAUUUAUCGACCAUUAUCAAUCACAUUUAUUGAAUAUCAAGAAGGUGAUAAAUUAGGCUUUUUUCUGGCUUGGUUUUCAAUGUUACCAUUUAUAUAUAUUGUAUCUUUAUGUACAUUAAUUCUAUUUCGACGUGAUAUACAAACGAUUAUGUAUUUUGGUGGAUUCUUUGUAUCUGGAAUAAUUAAUCAUUAUCUUAAAAUAGUUUUUAAACAACAACGUCCGGAAAGAACUCGAGAUCGAAUGGAUUUCUAUGAAAUAUACGGUAUGCCAAGUGCUCAUGCUCAAAGUUUUUUUUAUUUUAUGACAUAUUUGGCUAUUUUUGUAAUUCUUAAAUCACAAAUGCCUGGUUCACCAAAUAUUCGUUCCAUACGUCAUCGUUUCUUUGUUAUAGUACAAUUUAUAGCUGCUAUUCUCGUGGCUUAUAGUCGAGUCUAUCUUUAUUAUCAUACAAUUGCACAAGUUGUUGUUGGUGGUGUUCUUGGUACCAUAUUAGGUUGUAUUUGGUAUUAUUUUGUUAAUUAUCAAUUUAUAAAAUAUGUUCCAUUUAUAAUUGAUCGACCAUUAGCAAAAUAUUUACUUAUUCGUGAUUAUUCUCCAAUACCACAUAUUAUUCAUUUUCAAUAUGAAAGUGAAUAUUCCGAAGCAAAACGUUGUCGUGAAAGAUAUGCAAAUUAUAUGAAAGAUCAAACACCAUCGGAUAUACCAUAA